ACAAACUGGCUGCAGUGGCAGGAGGGCACGACCAGCGGAGAUUUUAAACCCGUCGGAGCUUGUAAUGUUCUAACAGACAACAUAAGGCUUGUUUUCUAAUCGAUAUAUUACAGCAGAGAACCAUUAAAGGAAAACAUCGCUGACAGCAAAGAGAUGGGAAACACAUUUGCUGUUGGGAGCGAUCCAUAUCGCCAUGAAGCCAGCUACAUACGCGUUUGGUUACCUGCAGCCUGCAGCUCGGAUCGUUUAAAUUAAACUUCAGGCUAUAAGAAGCUGAUCUCUAACUGGCAGUCCUGAUAUUUCCAUCUGGACUUGAUGAUAUGAAAGGCUCCAGGAGGCGCUGAUGGAGCUCCAGGAGUUAAGUUGGCUGUGUCUGGUGGGUCUCUUCUUAGCCUCCUUGCUUAUUGUGUUGAGAUGGCUCCUCCAGUACUGGCUGACUGUACUGCGGCUGUGGAAAUCCAGGAAGACAGCCAAGGAUGGCAGAGGAGAGACAGCGUGGCAGCAGCAGGUCUUCCCUACUCAGCCCCAUCAGAGCGUGGCUGGAGGAGUUUGGGGCUUCCUGCUGAAACUCCGCUCUGGCAAGGAUGGAGGACAUGCAUCUGAGGCUGGAGUUAAAGGCUUGUUGACCUCUCUCUUCUCCUUCAAGUCCUUCAGGGAACACUGGCAGCGAACCUGGGUCAAGGCUUUGAAUGAGCAGGCUUGCAGGCAUGGGAGCUCGCUCCAGAUAACGUUUGACAACAGUCUCCAGUUAUCUGCUGCCUCUGCAAUAGACAGCGUGACCUGCACUGACCAGUCAGCGAACCGAAUGGUUUUACACUGUAAAUGUUGGGUGGACACUGUGACAUUUCCUGUGAUGGUCACCCAGCAGUCACCUGCUGCCGUUUCCAUGGACACCUAUCAGAUCACUACAUCACCAACGGUGGCAAAGGUGGUGGUGCACCUGGAGGAGGUAGAGGAGGAGGGCCUGCUGAUAUCCUGGACUCUUUCCAAGCAGCCAUCAUUUUCUCUGACUGUGUCCCCGUGCAAGCUGCAGAGACGGGGCACCGACAGUGCGGCAGACCUGGACACGAUCAGAGGAAUGAUAGAGGAUACUCUUUUCAGCUCGCAGCCAGCAAUGGUUCUCAAUCUCAAGAUGUGCACGUCCACUCCUUUGCAGUCCCCAAUGGAUCACCUAUCAGUGGGACUGAACUCUGCCCCCCAGAGUGUCUUGGUGAGACGGCUCCUCCUUCGGCAGCUCAGGGUCACCUUAAGUAAAGGCCAGUGGUCCAGAUCAGAGGAGCUGUGCUGUGUCCUGAGCCUGAACCAACCCUCUACAGAGAGGAAAACCCGCUUCCUGCCUGUGCCCACCAACCCUGACACAGCACUUGAAUGGAGUGAAGAAAUUACUCUGGAGCUUGGCCCGGAAACCAAAGAGCUCAGAAUAAGGCUUUUGGAGCGGAAUGGCACGAGGGAACAAUUUCUAACUGGUCAAGCCUCCAUCGCCUUGAACCUCCAAUGCAAAAUUCCAACUGGACAACAUGUACUGUCCAUAAGCCCUGGCCACGGCUUGGCACCAAACGCUACGAUCACCACUGAGCUGAUGUACAUGGAAACUGAGGAGCCUCGUAGUUCCCACAAUGCUUUGCCACUUCGCUCCUCACUCACCCCCACCAAGAAAGUCGACGUGGACCGGACCAUCAUGCCAGAUGGAACCAUUGUCACCACCAUCACGACCGUCCAGUCUCGACUUAAACUUGACCGCAGCCCAGGUGAUUCCCCCUUGCGUUCUCCAUCCAAAGUGGAGGUGGUUGAGAAGAAAGCCACUGUCCUGUCUGAGAGCAGAGGCAGCAGCAGCCCAAACCCGAGCAAGAGCAGUCGUCUGUCUAAUGGCCUGGAUCCUGUUGCAGAGACGGCUAUCCGGCAGCUGACAGAGUCUGCAUCCAAAGCAGCACGAAAGACGCCAACGAAAAGGAGCACACUAAUCAUCUCUGGCGUGUCAAAGGUUCCACUCACAGAGGAUAACUGCAUGUUAUCCAGCGGCUAUGCCGCAGCCAUGGACGCAGCCAUGCAUGGAAACCAUUACAGGCUUGGGCAUCACCAGGACCCAGAUGAAACCACACCAUCUGACGUGUCGGAGCGUCCAUCUGUGGAGGAUGUGGAGUCGGAUACUGGUUCUGCUGGUGCCUUGGAAACCCGCAGCCUCAAAGACCACAAAGUGGGCUUCCUACAGAGUGGCACAAAGCUGUUGUUCCGCAGAAAACAUCGAGAGAAGGAGUCCUGCCUCAGCCAGUCCCACGAAGACAUCUCCAACAUGGGCAACAACUUUGCAGCCGCAGCCACAAACAGCAACCGUAAAAAGUCUGGUAGCUUCUCCCGACGCAUCAUCAAGCGGUUCUCUUUCCGCUCGUCCGGCAAAUCUAAAAACAAGGCUGCAGCUACGAAUGGAGGAGCGAGCUCAGCAGAUAACUGAAUAACAUUGUGAGGAUCAUCAUGGAUUGUUCUAAGGCCUCUUCCACAACUGUCAGGGCAACAACUAAGCUAAAGUAUGGUCUUUGACAACCUGAUUACCCCAGGUGGAUUGUCAUUGCUACUUUCUGAUGGAAAGAUAUUCUGCUAGGGCUCCCCUUUAGAAACAACUUGAUGCACAGAUGACGCUACAGAAAAGUGCGACGAGGAAAUUUAUGUUUUUUUGUGAAGAGAUCUGCUGCUCUGCAAGAAGAAUAACAUUUUUGUGUCCCAACUGAACACAACCUGCCGUGUUUCAUUGGGAUUGGUGGUGGAAAUCUCCUUGACUAUUUAAUUAAUGUAAAAUGACUUUAUGACUUUACCUGUUGCACUUUGGGCUGAUUUUCUGUUUUCUUUUAAUCGGCACAUGUAAAAUUUGUUGGUUGUAAAAAGAUAAUUUAUUAUUAUAAUAUGGGACUCAUAAAAUGUGAUAUUUAUUUUACCGCGCCAAAUGAAGUCAUUUUAGUUGCAUUACACUUUAAAAUGGAGACAAUGUUUGUUUUUCCACACUAAUGUAAUUAUAAAUACAUAAUUUAAGUAAUUAAAAACAAACCUGUCUCAGUUUAGCUGUACUGUGCAUUAAUUAUUGUUUAUAAAUUGUUUUUCAGAUGUUUUAUCUUAAACAAAAAUCAGUAAUUCUGUAAAAUUACUUUCUGUGGAAUAUCAUACCUUGACUUUGAUUUUGAAAAUGCAAAAUGCCAGCAUCUUUUGCAUUUUUUUAUUUAUUUUAAACAGUGAGUUUAAACUAAAAUAAGGGAAAAAAUAUUGAGAUUAAAUAUCAACAUGUGAAAAAAAUCAACAUGAUCAGGUACCGUUGUGGCUCUGAUGAGUCCAGUUAAUGCAAUCAAGACUGGAUGUGUUAUGUCCAGUGUCUCACAAAAAAAGUCCUAUUCUACAGAAAAUGCUGAUAUUUGAUCACAUUCAUAGAUUAAACUCAUAAAAAGCUCUUGCAUUUACAUUUAAGAAACUUAUCAUCCAGGAAUGUUUUGAAAAUAAGUCUUGUUUAGAAGUUAGGGGUGUAUAAUGGAAGCAUUUGAAGAUGUUGAGCUCAGGACAAGUUGAGUGGAGUGAUGGCUGCAGUGACUCCUCUCAAUGCUGGAAAUGAAAUUACUAGAAACUUCAGCUAUGAGGAAAACCUGUUGCAGCCAUCAAAUGCUAAUAGAACUUAUAUGUAAAGCUGUACAAAUGUUUUUGGCCAUUUGUGUUUUGUUUGAGAGCAUGAAUAACCUUUUAACUGACUGCAAUAAUUCUGGGACCUCAGAACAACCAAAUUAAUUGAUUCUUCAGGGUGCAUCUCCUUCACCAAAGGAGAGAUGUAUAAGAAUUGGAGCCUGUGCUGUCUUAAUGUGGUUAACAAUACACAACAAAUUCAAAAUGCUGAAAAAAAUUAACAAAGCUACUUCUUUGUUUGAAGGCACAAUGAGGGAAUAUUUAUGUUUGUGGCUGUAAUCUUAAAGAAAGAAGAUGUGAAAUUUAAGAUAUGGAUGACUUGUUUUAUUUUUAAAUGUAAUUUAUUGCAAAUAAAUUAUUUUUCAAGCAUUA